CCACCACCACACACACACACACACGCAGCAGGCAAAUGACUUUUCAUCUGCAUAUAGGUCACUUUGGACCAAUCGCUGGGCUGCAGCUCACCUUUGUCAAGUGCGUUUGUGUGCGUCUACGUGUGUGUGUGUGUCUCUCCCUUGGCUCAGAGCUUGGAUAUUGUUUGGUAUCUCCUGGCUAACAGCACACACGACAACUCGCUGGUGGCCUUUUCCUCCAGUUGCAGCAACCGCCGCCAUGAAAAUAGCAUCGUUUAACAUCCAGAAGUUUGGACGAAGCAAAGUGUCUGACCCUGACGUACUUCGGAUCCUGGUCCAGAUUAUCCGUCGCUAUGACAUCAUCGUGAUCCUGGAGGUGGUGGACAUCAGCGGCACAUCGGUCCAAACCUUGCUGAAUGCGCUCAAUACGCCCAACGCGUCUCAUCACUAUACUCUGAAGAUCAGCACUCGGCUAGGACGAUCCCACUACAAGGAGCAGUUCAUGUUCCUCUACAGGGACGAUCUGGUGGACCUGGUGGGCUCGUACCAGUUUGACGACCAGGUGACGGAUGGCGGCGACGUCUUCGCCAGGGACCCGUACAUCCUGAGAUUCCGAUGUCAUGACACAGUGCUGAAGGACCUCGUGAUGAUUCCCGUCCACACCAAACCGGAUGACUCGGAGACGGAGCUCGACAAGCUCUUUGACGUCUUUCAGCAUGUCAAGAUGAAGUGGAGGACUGAUAACGUGAUGAUCUUGGGCGACUUCAACGCGGAUGGCGCGUACGUGUCCAACAGGGAGUUGGAGGCUAUCCGCAUUCGCAGCGAUAAAAACUUCCACUGGCUAAUCGGAGAUGACGUCGACACCACGGCCAGUGUAGGCAACACGCAUACAUACGACAGAAUCGUGGUCUACGGCGACGACAUGCUCCGCGCUGUGGUGCCAAACUCGGCCAGACCCUUCAACUUCCAAAAAGCGUUCCAUCUCAGCAAUGAGCAGGCACUGAAGGUGAGCGACCAUUACCCGGUGGAGGUCGAGCUGAGGUCACUCACUACGCCACCACCGCAAAAUGAAGGUACCCCAGCAGUUCCGCAAUCGGACAAUGAACUGCAGGAGUUGAAAAGAGGAAACUUGCUGCUGGAGCGUGAGAAACUCAACCUGGAGAUCCAAAUUUUGCAGCUGAAGUUGGCCAAGAUGCAGCAAGGAGAUGAACAGCCUCGCCAGGAGCCAACCUCAAGCUGCAAAAUGCUGUGAGAUGAUGACACACUGCAAAAUGUUGAAUACUGAAGCCAAUAGUCUCGUUUACAAGCCGGGACGUCGCCGAGGGCCUUUGUAGGGCGACGUUAGUACAUUUCAACAUUAUUCUGCUGAACUGAAGAGAUCUGAGUCGUCUACUAGCUGAAUAAUUCAAAGCUUCAAGUCACUUGCUUCAGAAGGCCAACACGACCACUUUUACUAUCCACUUUAUGGAGGCAUCAUUUUGUUAUAAUCAAUUCAUGACCUCAGUGAGUACUUUUAUGGUUUUGCUCAUUCAACUUAAUUUCAUUGAAUGCUUUUUUUUUUUUUCUAGGUUUUUAAAGUGUUUAUUAUAUUGUGGAGUAAACCAUAAAGGUACAACUAUAGACUCUUGUGGAACUCCGCAGUCCCUUUUACUGAAUGCUAUAACAUCCAACAUUAUAUUAAAAAUAACCUAAUACUUAAACUA